ACGGAGCAGUGUAGGUGUAACACUCGGUUCCGUGAUGCUGGCUGUGGCCUUGGUCGCUGUGCUCUCUGUGUUGUGGUGUGUGUGCAGCCGCUGGAGAGAUGUGCUAUCCGGCCGGCCGGUGGGGAAUUUCCGGGGUGUGCGGGCUCCUCUGCUGCUCAUCGCUCACCCAGACGAUGAGUGUAUGUUCUUUGCCCCGACCGUCCUCGGUCUGCUGCAGGAACAGCGCCCCCUGUCUGUGUUGUGCUGCUCCACAGGAAAUUACUACAAUCAAGGGGAGACUCGUAAGAAAGAAUUCAUUCAGAGCUGUGCGGCUUUAGGAAUCCCACCUUCCAAUGUUACAGUAAUUGACCACAGAAACCUUCCUGACAAUCCAGACAUACAAUGGGACAAGCAUCUCCUCUCAGAUCUAAUUCUAACCCAUAUAAACCAGAAGAAUGUUGAUCUGGUGAUCACAUUUGAUGAAAAAGGAGUUAGUGGCCAUUCCAACCAUAUUGCCUUGUACCACGCUGUAAGAUCUCUGCAGGAUUCAAGACAGUUACCUGAAGGGUGCUCUGUUAUGGUGUUGGAAUCAGUUACCAUCUUCAGGAAAUACCUUUCUGUAUUAGAUCUGCCAAUCAGCUGGUUACUGCACAGUGACAUCCUCUUUGUAUCAUCGGGGCCACAAUACAGACAAGCCAAGGAAGCCAUGAUGUGUCACCAAAGCCAGCUGCUCUGGUUUCGUCAUAUUUACCUUCUAUUCUCCCGUUACAUGGCUAUCAACUCGUUACACUUUCUUCAUGACACAAAGACAGAACAACAUGGCUGAUAACACUCAGUCCUCAAGCUGAACUUGUCAGAA